AUGCUCAAGUCCCUGUGCCGCAGCCUGUGCGCGGCUGCCGCUAUCUGUUCCGUCGCCCUGAAUGGCCUCACCAGCGCCGACGACCACGAUGGCUACAAGACCGUCCCAUUGAGGACUCAUUCGCUCUAUCAACCUUACUUGGAUUCUGACCUGCAGUCGCGGUGGUUCGACUUUGGAGGAACUACGAUCAUAAGAGCUGAUCAGUACAUCCGAAUAACGUCCGACCGCCAACAUCAGACCGGCUGGCUCUGGUCCCGUCUCCCAUUGACCGCCACAAACUGGGAAAUCGAAUUUGAAUUCCGCAUACAUGGCGACGGUCAUUUACACGGCGACGGUUUCGCCUUCUGGGUCACCAAAGAUCGUGCUACUGCCGGUCCCGUCUUCGGAUCCUUGAACAAAUUCGAAGGAUUGGGUAUCUUCUUCGAUACCUAUAAGAAUAACAGACCCGGUGUUAUUUUCCCUUAUGUCAUGGCCAUGCUCGGUGAUGGACAUACGGAUUAUGAUCACGAUACCGAUGGGAAGGAACAGGAAUUGGCUGGUUGCUCUGCCCGAGGAAUCCGUGCUCCCAACCAAGCCACGAAAGCCAAAGUAACCUACUUCCAGGAUAAAUUCCUCUCCCUCGAGCUUCAAUACAAACAACCGGACACCUGGACCGAAUGCUUCCAUGUCAAAAACGUUUCCCUCCCCACAGUCGGCUACCUCGGUUUCACAGCACAAACCGGUGAACUCUCGGAUAACCACGACAUCAUCACCGUCUCUGCGAGGAAUCUGUACAAUAGUCCGUCUACUCCUAAUUCUCCCGGUGCGAAUAAGGGACCAGUUAAGAAGAAGAGCAAGGAGAUCUUCCCGGAGUAUGACGAUAGACAUGUUCCUGAGAGCAGUGGAUGGGGAUGGUUCUUCAUCAAGCUUAUUCUUUGGGUUGUUGUUAUUGUCGGUGGAUAUGUCGGAUACACGCUCUACAGAGCCCAGCAGAGGCAGUCCAGGUUUUAG